AUGAGCUGUUUUUCAUGUUUUUCAUCCCGUGAAAAGAAAUUAUCCAAGAAUAAUAGUGGCAGAAAUAGACGGCCACCGCCUGCCACCCAACAGCACAGAGAGCUGCCGCCUCAGCGACGGCCGCAGCCACCACAAUUACAAUCUCAACAAAAUUCCAAACCACAGCUUGAAGACCCUAGAACGAUACAAACAGAAACUACAAAUAAUAAAACUACUGAAAAAGGAGGAGGCAACAAUAACAUUGCAGCCCAAACUUUCACCUUCCGGGAGCUGGCUACAGCAACGAAGAAUUUCAGACAAGAAUGUCUUGUCGGAGAAGGUGGAUUUGGAAGAGUUUACAAAGGUCACCUAGAUAAAACUGGACAGAUAGUAGCCGUGAAGCAACUUGAUCGUAAUGGACUACAAGGAAACCAAGAAUUUCUUGUGGAGGUUUUGAUGCUGAGCCUUUUACACCACCAGCAUUUGGUAAAUCUGAUAGGAUAUUGUGCCGAUGGAGAACAAAGACUUUUAGUAUACGAGUACAUGUCAUUGGGAUCCUUGGAAGAUCAUCUACUAGAUCUUUCACCAAAUCAACCACCAUUAUCUUGGUUCACAAGGAUAAAAAUAGCCUUACAUGCUGCAAGAGGUUUAGAAUAUUUGCACGAUAAGGCCAACCCACCUGUCAUUUACCGUGAUUUAAAAUCCUCUAACAUCUUGUUGGACGAGGAGUUCAAUGCAAAACUUUCCGAUUUUGGACUAGCCAAGCUAGGACCAAUAGGGGAUGAUUCACAUGUAUCUUCAAGGGUGAUGGGAACAUAUGGCUAUUGUGCCCCGGAGUACCAAAGAACCGGUCAAUUAACUGUAAAAUCAGAUGUUUAUAGUUUUGGCGUUGUAUUACUGGAGCUAAUCACAGGAAGAAGAGCAGUUGAUACUACAAGAAGACAUGAACAGCAAAAUCUAGUAACCUGGGCUGAACCGAUAUUCAAGGAACCGAGUAAAUUCUCAGAACUGGUUGAUCCACUGCUAAAAGAUGAUUAUCCAAAGAAAAGUUUCAAUCAAGCGGUUGCUGUUGCAGCCAUGUGUCUUCAAGAUGAUGCAUCGAUCCGGCCUUUAAUGAGGGAUGUUGUUACUGCACUUAGUUAUCUUAGUGGACCUGAAACAGGAUUGGCUUCGGCUGUUUCGUCUCCCUCGCCUUCUCCAUGUCCAUCUCCUCAGAAGAAUGAAAUUACAGCAGAUGAACGAAAGAGAGCAGUUGCAGAAGCCAUAGAAUGGGGCUCGAAUUCAAGAAACAACGUGAAAAAUCUAGCCUGAUAUCCCAUAUGUGGUUUUGGUUUUCAUUAUAUGUGUGAAUAGUACAAACUAAGCAAUGUUACUAGUCCGGUUAAGGAAAUAGGGUCACUAGAGGUUGACAGCUAGCGUAAAACUUUGUAUAUAACAACAUGAAUUCUCUAAGUGUGGGGUUUAUAUUACUUACACUAGAAUGAGAAUCAAUUAUGGAGAUGAUGAGAUGAAUGUUCGUCCCAUAAG